UAAUUAUUAAAAUAAAAUUAGGCGUCUUCUCUAUUUGUGUGUUUACUUGCUGAUUGAUGGAGGAACAUGGUGAAGCUCCUCAACCUUAACCUUCCAUCAUAUUCUAAAUUAGUGUCAUUCUCACAUCCUCUAACAAGGCCUUUCUUAUCCCAACGCAACGCCUCCACCAUCACCACCAUGUCCAUAAACCUACGCUCACACGCCUUCGCGGGUAACCCUUUGAGAUCCCGAAUUCCAAACCGGGUCGACCCGUUUUCGCCCACAGCGGCAUUGGAGACCCUCAAGAGCCGAAUUCUAGAGCACACGAAUCAGUCCCUUUCGCCGAGUUUCAAGGUGUUGCCUUUCAGAAACGGAAGGCCGUUGGCGUCUUCGGUGAAUGGGGACACGUGGCAUCUGGGUUGGAUCGGUUUGGGGGAACUGAAGGGGUUACUGGGCGCGGGCGCUGAGUUGAGCGGUGACUCGUUCGUGUAUUUGGGUUCUGACUCGGAGGAAGAUUCUGUUUACUGGGCGAUUGAUGUUUCGGGGGAGCGUGGGUUGGGUGACAUGCGUAUGUGUUUUGUGGAGCUGAGGACGCUCAUGGUGGCUACCGAUUGGGUUGAUUUGAAUGCAAUGGGUAACUUGGCUGUUGCUGGUCAUGCCAGGGCACUUCUAGAAUGGCAUAAUAUAUCACGAUUUUGUGGACAUUGUGGAGAGAAAACAGUUCCCAUGGAAGCUGGGAGGCGGAAACAGUGUUCGAGUGAGUCGUGCAAAAAGAGGAUAUAUCCACGAGUUGACCCGGUAGUCAUUAUGCUAGUAAUUGAUAGAGAGAAUGAUCGGGCCCUUUUGAGUAAACAAUCAAGAUUUGUGCCUAGAAUGUGGAGCUGCUUAGCAGGGUUUAUAGAGCCAGGAGAAAGCUUGGAGGAGGCUGUGAGAAGAGAAACAUUGGAGGAGACUGGUAUUGAAGUGGGAGAAGUUGUAUAUCAUAGUUCUCAGCCAUGGCCUGUUGGACCAAAUAGCAUGCCAUGUCAGCUGAUGGUUGGGUUCUUUGCCUAUGCGAAAUCUCUUGAAAUAAAUGUGGACAAAGAAGAGUUAGAAGAUGCCCAGUGGCACAGUAGAGAAGAUGUAAGAAAAGCUCUGACAUUUGCUGAAUACAAGAAGGCCCAAAAAACUGCAGCAGCAAAGGUAGAACAAAUGUGUAAGGGAGUAGAAAAAACUCACAGCUUGGCAACAGAUUUCAAUGUGGAAAGUGGUGAACUGGCUCCAAUGUUUGUUCCUGGACCCUUUGCAAUAGCCCAUCAUCUUAUUUACUCUUGGGCAUUCCCAGAUCAAAAUGUAAAUAGCGAUGAAUGCCCUUCAAAACAACCUAGUGGUUCUGUGUCAAGUUUGUAGGACAAAAAUUAUUUUCAAGGCAUCUUUGGUUGUAAAGCUUAUUUUAUUAUCGAUACUUAUCUCGCAAAAGUGAAGGGUGUUCCGUGCAUAGAUGAAUUCUCGUAUCAAAUUGUUGUGAAGAUUCUGCAGACCUAGAAUUAAAGAGAUCAACCUUCCAUUUUCAUAUUAAACUUAUGUUCUAUAAUAUUAUUCAUCAUAAUACUGACUGCAUUCUGCUAAUGUUACAUUUUCUUG